GGACGGUGGAAUAACCGUUCACCUUAACAGAGUCCCUUUUGCCAUCUCUGAUAUGUAUACUUUAUAGCAAAGCCAGUCAAAAAAAUCAAAAAAUGGUGAGCAGAAAGCCCAGAAUUGUGAUAAUUGGCGCCGGAAUGGCAGGGCUCGCCGCCGCUAGCAAGCUCUUCGAAUCUACAAACUCGAAGCAACUCUUCGAGCUCUGCGUCGUGGAGGGUGGAACCAGGGUCGGCGGCCGGAUUAACUCGUCGGAGUUCUGCGGAAACCGGAUUGAGCUAGGGGCUACCUGGAUCCACGGAAUCCAAGGCAGCCCAGUCUACAAAAUCGCUCAAGAAUCAGCCUUACUCCACUCUCACCAGCCCUAUGAGGGCAUGGAUGGCUUCUUUUCUCAUCAGCGAAUCACGGUGGCAGAAGGUGGGUAUGAGCUUAAUCCGUCGUUUGUCCAACCCAUCUCGACCCUUUUCAAGAAUCUUCUGAAAUUCAUUGAAGGAGAACCCGUUGAGGGAGAUGGUUUAAGCUCUGAAAUCGUGAAGCUUUGCUGGAGCAAUUCUGCCCCUGGAAAUCUCAGUGUAGGUUCUUUCCUCAGGCAGGGCCUUGAGGCUUAUUGGGGUUUUGUGAAAGAUCAGAAACCCUUUGACGGGGUUGGGAAUUGGAGUAGGAAAUCGCUGGAAGAAGCUGUUUUCGCGAUGCAUGAACGCUCUCACAAGGCUUAUUCGGCUGUAGAUGAUUUAGAGACUCUGGAUUACAAUGCAGAGAGUGAGUAUGAAAUAUUUCCAGGGGAAGAGAUAGCUAUAGCUGGAGGUUACUCUAGAGUGAUUGAAUCUUUAGCCUCUGUUUUACCAGUUGGGACGGUACAGUUAGGCCGGAUAGUGGAGAAAAUCGAAUGGCAACCCGGUGGCUGCAGCCAAGAAUUGCGAACGGGAAAUGGGGACGGCGGUAGGCCGGUAAAGCUGCAUUUUGGUGAUGGAUCGAGUAUAUCGGCUGAUCAUGUAAUAGUUACUGUCUCACUUGGAGUUCUCAAACGUGGGAUUCGCCAAGAUUGCAAUAUGUUCAUUCCUCCAUUGCCUAGUCCCAAGAUUCAAGCGAUUUCAAGGCUUGGAUACGGGCUUGUGGACAAGGUCUUCUUGCAACUACCGGUCCAUUAUCAAGAAACCAACGAGUUCAAAUUCCCCUUCUUGAAAAUGGUUUUUCAUCCACCAGAUUCUGAGUUAAGGGACCCCAAGAUUCCCAGGUGGAUGAGGGCGGCGUCUUCCCUGUAUCCAAUUUACUGCAAUUCAAGAGUUGUGCUGUCAUGGUUUGCAGGGCAGGAGGCCCUUGAAAUCGAAUCUCUGAGCGACGACGAGAUCAUCAACGGUUUCUCAACAACUGUCUCAAACCUGUUAUCAUCAAAGCCACAUUCCCAAGUGAACUCGACUUGCCAAAAAUCACAAGAUGGAAGUGAGGAUUCUGGAGAAGGCAAGCAAGUGAAGUUUGAUAAAGUGUUGAGGAGUCGGUGGGGGAGUGAUCCUCUCUUCUUGGGAUCAUACAGCUACGUAGCAGUUGGAUCAAGCGGAGAUAACAUGGAUGCAUUGGCAGAGCCAUUGCCACAAAACAGCAGUAAUCUUGAUUCCCCUCGAUCACAAUUGCAAAUUCUAUUUGCAGGAGAAGCCACACACAGAACACACUACUCCACCACUCAUGGAGCUUACCUCAGUGGGAUCAGAGAAGCCAACAGGCUUCUUAAACACUAUAACUUUGAUGUUGUAUGAAUACCAUGUUCGUCUUCGCUUUUGUUUUCAGAUCAUGAUCUUGUAAACUAUGCAAUUACUUUGUGCUUAGUAAACUUAUAAUUCGCAUAUAAUGAUUGAUGUGCAAACAAAGCUUAUUUGGAGAACUUGA